CACUGAUCAACGUUGUGGCCGGCGACAACUGUACUUCAAGUUGUGGCACACCGCCGGUCAUUACUACAGUUGCACCGGUUGUACUUGUGUUCCGCUGUCGAGUUGUUACCAUGCCCGAUAACGCAAUUCCGACGGCCGAGCGUUUUUGUUCGAUCGAAAAACAAGUGAAAAACAUCAACCUUAAAUGUAAAAAUGUUCGUGUAUAAUAACCGAACUCCUGUUUUUAUGUGCACUGAUAAUACGCUUGAUAACAUAAUGUAAACAAACAAUUUGCAUCCGGUGGUCAUCAUCGCCGACCCAUCCUCAUCCGAUGACGACGUUUCGUCCGACACCUCGUGAAAAUAUCGAUUUUCCUUUCGCGCGACACCUCGUUCCGUUGUUAUUGUUGUUCUUUUCGUGUUCAUUUGUCAUCCACAAAAUUCAAAACGUUGUAAACAUGACAGAAGAAAUCGUCCAGAGCGAUGAAGUUUUCAAAAAACUUGAUGCAUUAAAAGACAUCAGAGACAAAACAGAUAAACUAGAAACUCUAAAAAUGAAUAUUCUGAAAGAAAUUGAAGCAAGUGAUCAGGAAGAUAAAUGUCUAAUUGAGUAUCGCAAGGAAUUGGAACUAUUAUUACAAGAAAAAAUGGCACAUGUAGAAGAAUUAAGACAAAUUCACGCAGACAUAAAUGCGAUGGAAGGUGUGAUAAAAAAAGCUGAAGAAUCUAGAAAUCGAUCAAUGGAACGCGCUAAACAAGUUCAUGAUGAAUAUAAACCACUUAAAAUGGAUAUUGAUCGUAUGCGUCGAGAUUUACUUGGACUAGAAAGAUUACCAGAACUUCAUGAAGAAGAAAGUGAUCUUGUUCGACCUGAUUUAUUUGUACAAACAUAUUUUGAUAAACAAAUUAAACCUGCUGCGUCAACACCUCCCAAUUCAGAUUGGCAUAAUGGUGAUAAUGUACCAUUAAACUUUACUCAAGCACAUCAGCAUGCACAAGCAGCUGUAGCUGCUUUUCUUGGAUCUCAAGCAGCUGCUGUUCAGUCGACUCCACUUCAACAACUAGCAACUAGCAGCAAAAUGGUUAAUGGUGGACCUGUAGAUACUAGACCAAUACCUCCAAUUCCAGGACCACCAACAUUCAGACAACAACCACCACCAAUGAAAUCAUGCUUAUCGUGUCAUCAACAAAUACAUCGUAAUGCUCCAAUUUGUCCAUUAUGUAAAGCCAAAUCCAGGAGUCGUAAUCCGAAAAAACCAAAGAAAAAAGAUUAACUAGCAAUGAAUCAGAGUGAUAAAUCUGAAUUGAAACUUUUAAUCAGAAUUCAAAGUAUAUGAAAGUUAAAAUAAGUCUACUAGGCUGACAUUAUAUUAGCUUUUAAAAGGGUAGACAUUUUAGUUUUAUAAAAAUUUGCCUUUUGGUUAUAAGUAUUAAAAUCUUUAGAUGCUUAAAUACUUUA